CCUAGUUAGUUUGGUCAAAGUCCGAUAUCAGGACCGAGACCGAGAGAAUAAAGAAAAGAAGAAACACCGAGUUUGUUUGUUUGUUUGUUUGUUGUUCUACUUUUCCGACGAAAAGAAGAUAGCUCAAAGGUUUAUUGAUCGAUCGCUCGCUCAAAGCUGAACAUUGGAUACAACUUUUGAUCUUGGGAGGAGAAAGAAAGAAAGAAAGAUGUUUGCAGCUUCUUGUCUCGCAUCGUGCUGUGCUGCUUGUGCUUGCGAUGCUUGCCGCACUGUGGUUUCUGGGAUCAGCAGACGUUCGGCGAGGAUUGCUUACUGUGGUCUCUUUGCUCUUUCCUUAAUCGUUUCAUGGAUUCUCCGUGAGGUUGCUGCUCCUCUCAUGGAGAAGCUCCCUUGGAUUAACCAUUUUCACAAGACACCUGAUCGUGAAUGGUUUGAGACUGAUGCUGUGUUGCGUGUCAGCUUAGGGAAUUUCUUAUUUUUCGCUAUUCUGUCCGUUAUGAUGAUCGGUGUUAAAACUCAGAAAGACCCUCGUGAUGGUAUCCACCAUGGUGGUUGGAUGAUGAAAAUUAUCUCUUGGUGCAUUUUGGUCAUCUUGAUGUUCUUCCUUCCUAAUGAAAUCAUCAGUUUCUAUGAAUCCAUGUCAAAGUUUGGUGCUGGAUUCUUUCUUCUUGUUCAAGUUGUGCUUCUUUUGGAUUUCGUUCAUGGAUGGAAUGACACCUGGGUUGGCUAUGACGAGCAGUUCUGGUAUGCUGCGUUACUAGUUGUUUCUCUUGUAUGUUACUUGGCUACAUUUGUCUUCUCUGGGCUUCUCUUCCACUGGUUUACUCCGUCUGGCCAUGAUUGUGGACUCAACACCUUCUUCAUUCUCAUGACUCUGAUAUUUGUAUUCGUCUUUGCUGUUGUAGUUUUGCAUCCCGCUGUCGGUGGAAGUAUUUUACCAGCAUCGGUUAUCUCUCUCUAUUGCAUGUACCUCUGUUACAGCGGACUUGCAAGUGAACCCCGUGACUACGAGUGCAAUGGUCUCCACAAACACUCCAAAGCUGUUUCAACAGGCACAAUGACCAUUGGAUUACUCACAACUGUUCUCUCUGUUGUUUAUUCCGCUGUUCGUGCUGGUUCUUCAACUACUCUUCUCUCUCCUCCUGAUUCUCCCCGCGCAGAGAAGCCUCUGCUUCCGUUAGACGGGAAAGCAGAUGAGAAGGAAGAGAAAGAGUGUAAGAAACCAGUGUCAUACUCAUACGCAUUCUUCCACAUCAUCUUCUCUCUCGCUAGCAUGUACUCUGCAAUGCUGUUAACCGGCUGGUCAACUUCAGUGGGUGAGAGUGGUAAGCUGGUCGAUGUCGGGUGGCCUUCUGUGUGGGUCCGUGUAGUGACUAGCUGGGCGACUGCUGGUCUCUUCAUCUGGUCACUUGUUGCUCCGAUUCUGUUCCCUGACCGUGAGUUCUGAGCUAAUUGCAUCAUCUACUGGAGGUUCUGAAUAACUACAUUUCAUGAAUCUUGAAUUUGUAAAAAAAUAGAUUCUCUCUUUCGACUAUAAUAGAGAGUCUCGUGUGCUUUAAAACCACGCAUGGCCUUUCUUGGCUCAUCUGUAAUAUAAAUAUAUAAAUAAUUUCCUUUCUCGUAAGUUUCAUCUGUCUCGACUCUUAUUUGUAAAAGUGAAUUUGCAGUGAACAAAACUAAAAGAUUCCGCAA